AAACCGGUAGUCAGAUUUACGGCAGAUAGUCUGGCACAUGUGUUUACAGAGUCAACAGCGUGGACUUUCAUAGAAGCCUAACCGAUCAUCUUUAAAGGUCUUUACCAUGUCAUUCCGCGGGGGUGGUGGUCGAGGGGGUCGUGGCGGUGGUUUUAAUAGAGGCGGUGGUCGGGGUGGUGGAUUUGGAGGUGGUCGGGGUGGUGGAUUUGGAGGCGGUAGAGGUGGCGGAUUUGGAGGCAGAGGUGGAUUUAACAGACAACAAGACUAUGGACCACCGGAACACGUUGUCGCCUUAGGGGAGUUCAUGCACCCUUGUGAGGACGAAAUUGUCUGUAAAUGUGUGACGGAGGAAAACAAAGUUCCCUAUUUCAACGCUCCUGUUUAUCUGGAAAACAAAGAACAGAUUGGAAAAGUGGAUGAGAUCUUUGGUCAGCUUCGUGAUUUUUAUUUUUCUGUCAAACUUUCUGAAAAUAUGAAGGCAUCCUCCUUCAAGAAGUUACAGAAGUUCUACAUUGACCCCAUGAAGCUGCUACCCCUCCAGAGAUUUCUCCCCAGGCCUCCAGGUGAGAAAGGGCCGCCUCGUGGAGGCAGAGGAGGAAGAGGUGGGAGAGGAGGUGGAUUUCGCGGAGGUCGGGGAGGAGGGUUUGGUGGUCGAGGAGGAGGAGGCUUUGGUGGUCGAGGAGGUGGCUUUGGUGGACGUGGAGGUGGUGGUGGCGGUGGAGGAUUCAGAGGAAGUAGAGGUGGAGGUGGUGGACGUGGAUUUAGAGGUGGACGAUGAUGAAGGUCUAUGUGGAUAUGCUAUCUUGUAUUAUCAUCUGCAGAAAAAAGAAACUUCUGGGGAGAAGGCAGAAGCAGCUUUUGGGACAAAUACAGUCUUUAGACUGUUACUUGAUGCCUCUCUUGUACAGCUGAACUUUUUUACUUGCUUUUGUACCAUAUGUAGUUUUUUCAGCAGUUGAAUUUUUAUUUGUUGUAUUUGAUAGGGCUGAUGUUUUAAGUUGCACGUGUCUGUGUACAAGAUGGCAUGUGUCUCCCACAAACUUGAACUGGUUGGACUGGAAGUUAAAUCAGUACCAACCUGUUUAGCAUCAAGGUUAUAUUAUGUAUUGUGGAAAAGUGCAGAAAGAAGCCAGUGCCUCUAAAAUCAAUAAUGUUAAACCUUUUAUUGCUGGUUGUACUGGAUCUCUUCAUUUUUGUCAUUGAAAUGAACUAUAGUUCUAAUCCGUUACCAUGGACUUGCAAAAUAAAAUCUGUGGUAUACAUACA